GGCAAGACGACAGUCUUCUGGGCCCCUCUACUCGCAGCUCAAGCACUCGGUGAGCGAGGCGUCACAUUAUACAUUGUCCCUACCAAGCUACUUUCUAUACAGCAGAGUGAGAGUGCCCGUCGAGUUGGGCUGCGCGCAAUCGCGCUGAACGAGGAUACUGUCCGCGAUGCAUACUACGACAAGUGCGAUCUUUAUGACGAGCUGCAGAGCGGUGAAGAUGUCCGCAUCACUUUCCUGAGCCCUCAAAUGCUUGCUGGAGAACGCAUGAUGAAGCUCCUGUGA